AUGUCUCCAUACGCACCGUCUCACCUAGCAAUGUCUCCAUACUCAACGUCUCAGCCUCAUUCCCAGGCCAACGCAACAGCAGCCUAUGGCUAUCAGUCUACUUAUCGCCCGACUAGUACCUCCCCAUUUAUAUCCCAGCCUAGUGUAGCCCCUUCGUAUGGAUAUAACACGUCUCAGUCCAACGUAGCCCCUUCGUAUGGAUAUAACACCUCUCAGUCCAAUGUGGCGCCAGCUUUAGGAUAUCACUCCCAUCAUCAAACUUCGGUAGCCGCAGACGGCCGCAAGCCAACCCUGUCCCUGAGUGGCCCAAAGCCCUACGACUACUCACAAUAUUGGACUCAGUCGCAAAAUAAGAAUGAGCCAAAUAAAAACCCUAGCGGCCAGGGAUCGGUACCGUCAUUUCAUCCCACAUUCAAUUUCUCCAAUAAUCCGGAGCCCCUGCCUCCCCCUCGAUCCAGCCAGACAAGACCACCACUCUGUCACUUUGGCACAUCAGGUACCUUGGGAAACCAGACGGGAAACCAGCCACCCACCCUGCCCAGUUUUGGCCAGACCCUAGAACACCCACCACCACCGCAACCCCGUCGCUUCGGCACGUCAGGUACCCAGGGAAACCAGCCACGAAACGAGCCACCAACCCUGCCCAGCCAAUUUGGUCAGUCUUUCACACAGGAAAACUCUCUGCCCAUUCGAACGCAGGAAAAUUCUCCGCCCAUUCGAUUCGGGGAAACAACAUUUCCCAUUCAAAAUUCUGGAACAACAUUCCGACCAACCACUGCUGAGCCCACAACCAACAACCCGUUCAUGUCAGGGAUCUCAUCCAACUUCUGCAAUUCAAACCCGGCACCACCACCACCACUCAAGUCUAACAAUCUAUGGGGGGUUAAGCCCAUCCUCAAAUCCAACCCAGCCCCAAUCCAAUCCUUAUCAUUUUCCACCUCCAGCCAUGCGCGACCUGAGCAGCCCACCAACUCAUUUGCUCUCUUCAACCCUAGCCGUCCCAACACAGCCGAACGUCCUGUGACCAACAGAGCCGCAAACGUUGAUGAUCUCUGUGACACCGUUUCUCGUCUUUUCCGUCCAAUUGCUCCAAUCCGUCGAAAAAAAGCACUCAUCGAAGCCAAGAAUGUCCACUUUGCUGAUACAGCCUCAAUCUUAUCCGCCGCGCCUCGAAUAUUAGCCGAUUUUUUAGGCAAUGCAACCAUUGAUCCUCAGCUCACCUCCGGACCAUCUGCAGGAACUCAGCCACCGCCACCUCCAUCUAACCGCACUCAGCCACCGCCACCUCCAUCUAACCGCAACACCGGAGCUCAGCCACCGCCACCGCCACCGCCACCUCCAUCUAACCACAACGCCAGAACUCAGCCACUGCCAACUACCACCUCUUUUGGGGGGCCGCCUAUACAAUCCGUACCAUCUGACUGCAACACAGGAACUCAGCCACCACCACCUCCAUCUAACUGCACUCAGCCACCGCCACCUCCAUCUAACCGCAAUGCCGGAACUCAGCCACCACCAACUACCACAUCUUUUGGGCGGCCACCUGUAGAAUCUGUACCAUCUGACUGUAACGCAGGAACUCAGCCACCAACCACAUCAUUUGGGCGGCCGCCUGUACAAUCUCCCAUUGAAGUACCCAGAUCAGUUCCAGCGCAGCCUGCCAAAUCAUCUAAUUUACGGCCAGCACCACCCCUCCUUGCACCACAGCCAGGACUGUCUGCCUCGACCUCAAGAAUACCCAAAUCAAUAUUCCACCUAACCUUGUGCAAGCCAACACUUGUGGAUAAGCCAACACCAUUGGCUGAGACACCCUUGCCUCCACAUGAACCUACACCCACUAAACCAACCUCAUCUACUCCUCCUCCACCCACUACUCCCCCUGCUUGCAGCCCACCAUCCAAUUGA